AUGUCUUCUUCAAUAGGAGCUCCCCAGCAGCGCAAGCAACCCUCAAGAAAGGGUAAGAAGGCAUGGCGCAAAAAUGUCGACCUCACCGAAAUUCAACAAGGCCUCGAAACUCUACGAGACGAAAUCAUUCAAGGGGGUCCGAUAGCAGAGAGGCCAUCCGAAGAAUUAUUUGCUCUUGACACAAAAGGUUCGGAAGAUAUCAAGAGGAAAUACAAGCUACAAAAACCACUGAAAGUCGACGUGAUUCUCGGUAGACGAUCUGCUGUGCCUGCAGUGGACAGUCGGAAGAGACAAGGUUCCGCAAUCACAGAUGGAGUUAUUGAGCCGCCCAGCAAAAGACAAAAGCCCGACUGGGUGAGCAAGAAGGAAGUACAAAGAUUGAGAAACAAUUUGAAUACGACUUCGCAUUUGGAUGCUGAGAAUAUCGAUGGCGAGACAUCUGGAUUCGAUCUCUGGGCUUCCACUGUCCCAGCAAAAUCCGAGCUCACCAAAGCCGAGGAAUAUCUACCUAAACCGAAGCCCAAAGUCGCCCCAUCAACUCUUCGGAGGGCACCAAUUGCCAUGACCGCAAACGGCAGACCAGUCCGAGCCGUACAGCAACCUGAUGCGGGCACAAGUUACAAUCCGUCGUUCGAAGAUUGGGAUUGUCUUCUGAAUAAAGAGGGUGAGAAGGAGAUCGAAAUAGAAAAAAUCCGUCUCCGUGAAGCACAAGCUGCAGCAGAAAAAGGAGCCAGAAUUCAAGCUAUAGCUGCGGCCCCGGAGCCGAACCCUGCAGACGAUGAGAGCGCCUGGGAAGGCUUUGAGACAGACAAUGAUGAUCUAGAAGUAUUGCAGCAAAAACGGCCGCGGCGGAAGACACCGGCUCAGCGAAACAAGAUGAAGAGACGAAAGGAGGCAGAAAGGCUUGCGAAGCACGAAAGAAGAAUGACAGAUAAGCACAAACACGCUGAACAAAUGCUGACUGCUUUGAUAAAGAGCCACGAGCAAAGCCCGGAGUUAGUGGAAGGCAGUCAAGUUCAAGAGCCUGAAGAGGGGGAUGAUCGAGUCUUGCGACGGCGGAAGAGGGGCAAUAUCAUGAUCCCAGAAAAGUCGCUUGAGGUUGUCCUACCGGAUGAGCUUCAAGACUCUUUGCGAAGAUUGAAGCCAGAGGGAAAUUUGUUGAAUGAUCGGUUCAGAAACCUCUUGGUGAACGGGAAACUCGAGGCUCGGAAACCGGUACUGCAGCACAGGAAGAAGAAGAGAACGUUUACGGAGAAAUGGUCGUACAAGGAUUUCAGCAUCAAAGUGUAG